AUGAUUAGAUCAACAGCUAUUAAUCGUACAAAUUUAGUUUUAAAUCAUUUACGUUCAUAUUCAUCAAGUAAUAAAAUUAAAGUUUUAAAUCCAAUUGUGGAAUUAGAUGGUGAUGAAAUGACUAGAAUUAUAUGGUCAAAAAUUAAGGAUGAAUUAAUUUUACCUUAUUUAGAUGUUGAUUUAAAAUAUUAUGAUUUAGGUAUUUUGAAUAGAGAUAAAACAAAUGACCAAGUUACUAUAGAUUCUGCAAACGCAAUUAAAAAAUAUGGAGUUGGUAUAAAAUGUGCAACUAUAACUCCUGAUGAAGCAAGAGUUAAAGAAUUUAAUUUGAAAAAAAUGUAUGUUUCACCAAAUGGUACAAUUAGAAAUAUUUUAAAUGGUACUGUUUUCAGAGAAAGUAUUAUUAUACCAUGUAUACCUAGGUUAAUUCCAGGUUGGGAAAAACCAAUUGUCAUAGGAAGACAUGCUCAUGGUGAUCAAUAUAAAGCAACAGAUUUAGUUAUAAAUGGACCAGGUAAAUUGGAAUUAAAAUUUAUACCUAAAAAUGGAGGUGAAGAACAAACUUAUCAAGUUUUUGAUUUCAAAGAUAGAGGUGUUGGAUUAGCAAUGUAUAAUACAGAUGAAUCAAUUAUUGGUUUUGCACAUUCAAGUUUCAAAAUGGCGUUAAGCAAAAAAUUACCAUUAUAUUUGUCUACUAAAAAUACAAUUUUAAAAAAAUAUGAUGGUAGAUUUAAAGAUAUUUUCCAAGAAAUUUAUGAAAAAGAUUAUAAAGAAUCAUUUGAAAAAGAAGGUUUAUGGUAUGAACAUAGAUUAAUUGAUGAUAUGGUUGCUCAAAUGAUUAAAUCAAAAGGUGGUUUCAUAAUGGCUUUGAAAAAUUAUGAUGGUGAUGUUCAAUCCGAUAUUGUUGCUCAAGGUUUUGGUAGUUUAGGUUUAAUGACUUCUGUUUUAAUGACUCCAGAUGGUAAAGCAUUUGAAAGUGAAGCUGCUCAUGGUACUGUUACUCGUCAUUUUAGACAACAUCAACAAGGUAAAGAAACAAGUACAAAUUCAAUUGCUUCAAUUUUUGCUUGGACAAGAGGUAUUGCUCAAAGAGGUAAAUUAGAUGAUACUCCAAAUGUUGUUGAAUUUGCAAAUAAAUUAGAAAAAGCAACUAUUGAUACUGUUCAGGAAGAUAAAAUUAUGACAAAAGACUUAGCUUUAGCAAUGGGUAAAACUAAUAGAGAAAGUUAUGUGACAACAACUGAAUUUUUAGAUGCUGUUGCAAACAGAUUAAAAAAUGAAGUAGCUGCUGUGAAUUAA